ACUAUUAGAACCACAAAGAGGUGGAUCUCAUUAUUGAAUGGUCCACUUUGUUAUUUAAUAUCGUUUCUAAGAAAAAGGGCCUUUAUCUUCUUUACACUUUUACUUUCCCUGUAAUGGCUUCCUCAGGGACUUUUUGCAGCGGGACUAUUAACCAAGGGUCACAACAAUACUCUUACCCUUCUCAUGUGAAUGCAUCCAGCUUUCUUUCUGUGAAGCUAUCCAGUAAAACCAAUUAUACUCGGUGGCAAGAACAGAUGAUGUGCCUUGUAGAGAGCCACGAUAUGCUCAGUUUCAUCGAUGGCACAUUUAGAAACCCCAAGAAAAACGUCGAUUCAAAAAAGAAAGUAGAUAUAACUGCAAUUGAGGAUAAGUAUAGGGAAUGGAAAAGGUCCGACACACUUAUGAAAGGAUGGAUCUUUGGUUCAUUAUGUGAAGAUGUAAUGGAUACUGUUAUCGGCCUCCACACAGCUAAUGAUGUAUGGAGAAAGCUAAAGUCUACUUACAGUAACAGUACUCCUCCUUCUUAUUCUCCCACUACGAACACAAAAGAUCAAGCAGAGUAUUUACCACUGUAUACAGCUAUUUUGAGAGGCGACUGGAAGGAAGCCGGAGACAUUUUCAACAAGGACAAAGACGCGUUAUUGGUUAAGCUCAAUGACGACAACGAUACCCCACUCCAUGUUGCAAUUGGAACAUGUAAAAAUAUCCAGUUUGUUGAGAAUCUUCUGAAGGAGAUAACCUCGGAGUCACUUCCGAACAUGGUGAAUAUUAGAAAGUCAAACCCACUACACUAUGCCGCAUUUGUUGGCAACAAAAGGGCUUCGGAGAUGUUGGUGGCGAAAAACCCAUAUUUGUUGUUCAUUGCUGACGGAAGUAACUGCUUUCCUGUUCAUAGAGCUAUUUUUGGUUCUCACACAGAAACUUUUUUAUAUUUGCUUAAGGUUACUAAAGAUAAUAUUAUACUCUCCGAACAAGAAGGAUAUCAUAGUCCCUUUAAGGGUAAACAAAGUGUUUCGCUUCUCACAAGGGUAAUUGGUGCUAGUCUUUGGGAUGUCGCAUAUGGGUUAAUUAAGGAGUACCCGGAAAUGGCUACAAAAAAGAAAGAGAACUCAAUUCCAUUAAAGUCUGUCGCUGGAAAGUUGGACGGUUAUUUUAGUGGAAAAGGAUACAACUUUUAUGAAAGAUUUAUUUAUUCUCAUGUACUUGUAGAGGACGGGGAAUUAAACAGAGGACAUGAGAUUCAGGAUAUUGAGAACCAAGAGACAAAUAAUGCGAACUUUAUCCCCAAGUAUAGAAGGAGGCUCCACCCUGUAAUCCAGUGGAUUUAUGUCAGAUUUUGGAAAGUUUCACUACAACAUGUGCCACACAUCAAGCAAAUCAAGGAAGAGAAAGUGAACCACAAUAAAGCUCUUUUGCUACUCAAGUGUAUAUGCGAACAAGUUAGUAAAAUAAAUGAAUUUUGUAAAAUUCGUGAACAUUACCACGAAGCAAUUACUACGGCAGUGGAACAUGAUAACCCCGAAGCAGUAGAAGAAAUCAUCCGAUAUUUUCCACAAGCAAUUUCAACAAAAGACAAUGAAUAUCCCCUUAUUCAGCUAGCUAUUCUAAACCGUUGUGAAAGGGUUUACAACUUUUUAGUACACCAAAUAACUACCGACAAACAUUCACAAAAAGUGCGUGUUGACGAAUAUGGAAACAAUCUUUUGCACUUAGCUGGACAAUUAGCACCUAUACACAAACUCAAUCUAGUUUCAGGUGCAGCUCUACAAAUGCAAAGAGAGUUACAAUGGUUUGAGGAAGUGAAAAGCUUCGCGUGUCCUUGGCAUGAGAAAUCAAAGAACAAAAACCAAGAGACACCAAUUAUGGUGUUUAGAAGAGAACAUAAAAAGUUGAGAAAAGAAGGUGAAGAGUGGAUGAAAAAGACAGCGGAUUCAUACACAAUUACAGCUGCACUCAUCAUUACAAUCGUUUUUGCAGCAGCUAUCACUGUACCCGGUGGAAAUGAUAGCGAUACUGGAAAAGCGAUUUACGCACCAAAACCGAGUUUCAUUAUAUUUGCGGUUUCAGAUGCAAUCUCAUUGUUCACAUCAACUACUUCGUUACUUUUGUUUCUAUCGAUUCUCACAGCACGUUAUGCAGAGGAAGAUUUUCUGUAUAAGUUACCUAAGAGAUUAAUACUCGGCCUUGCAAUGUUGUUUUUGUCUGUUAGCUCAAUGAUGGUAGCCUUUAGUGCGACAUUGUAUCUUACAUUUGGACAAGGGAAAGCAUGGAUUUUGAUACCGAUAGCAACAUUAACAUGUCUGCCAAUUGCCUCCUUUGUAACAUUACAGUUACCAUUGCUUGUCGAUCUCAUCUUCUCAACAUAUGGUUGUCGGAUCUUUGUUAAACAUAAUGAUUGUAGGAUCAAAAAAUCAUGAAAUUAUGGUGCAUAACUUGAAUGUUGUUUUGUAAUUAUACAAUGUAUCGACUAAGGGUGUGUUUGCCAAAUCAUGGUUUUUAUA